AUGGCGACGCGAGCGGCUCUUCCGCUCUUCUUCUUCUUCUUGGUGGUUCUCUCCUCGUUACCGGCGGCGAGGCCGGAUCUGCAGUCGGACAGGGCGGCGCUACUGGCCUUCCGGGAGGCCGUCGGCAGGUUGGCCGUCUCCUGGAAUGACUCCAUCUCGCCGUGCGCAUGGCAGGGGGUGGUCUGCGAGGCCGGUCGCGUGGUCAUCCUCCGCCUUCCCGGCGCCGGUCUCAUCGGCGAGAUUCCCGCUGGAGUGCUGGGGAACCUCACCGGACUCAGGACGCUGAGUCUCCGGUUCAACGCCCUCUCCGGCCCACUGCCGGCGGAUCUGUCCUCCCUCAAAGAGCUCCGGAAUCUGUACCUCCACGACAACCGCCUCUCCGGCGAGAUCCUCCCGUCCGUCUUCUCCCUGGAGAACCUGAUCCGGCUCAACCUCGGCGGGAACAGGUUCUCCGGCGAGAUCCCGGCGGACUUCAACGAUCUCAAGCGGCUCCGCACCCUGUACCUCGACAGAAACCAGCUCUCCGGCCAGAUCCCCGACCUCAAUCUCACUCUGGACCAGUUCAAUGUCUCCUACAACCAGCUCAAUGGCUCCAUCCCAAGGCGUCUCCGGUCCAUGCCGGAGAACGCCUUCCUCGGGCUCCAGCUCUGCGGGUUGCCCUCGAACCCUUGCCCCGACGAAGUCGUCCCCUCGUCGGCGCCGAUCGGGCUUACUCCGGUUGACAAUGGCGGCGGUGCCUCGGUGAGGAGGGGGAAGAAGAAACUCUCAGGUGGAGCGAUAGCCGGCAUUGCCAUCGGAUCCGUCGUCGGCCUCCUGGCCCUCGUCCUGCUCCUCUGUGUCGUCUGCCGGAAAAAGGGGGGGAACAAGACCAGAUCUCUGGAGGCAGCGGGUGCGAAGCCGUCGGAGGUCGAGGUGCCGAUGAGAGACAAAGGACUCGGAGAAGAAGGGGGUGGCGCUGCCGGGGGGGCGUAUCCCGCAGGCGGCGGCGCCGCCGCUGCCUUGGCGGGAGCGGCGGCCACCAGACCGAAGGGCGACACCGCAAGCGGCGGCCAGAGCAAGAAGCUCGUCUUCUGCGGCACCAGCCCGCGGGUUUUCGAUCUGGAGGAUCUGCUCAGGGCCUCUGCGGAGGUGCUCGGCAAGGGCACCUUCGGCACCGCCUACAAGGCGGUGUUGGAGAUGGGAACCGUGGUGGCGGUGAAGCGGCUGCGAGACGUUAACCUGCCGGAGGAGGAGUUCAGGGAGAAGAUCGAGGCCGUCGGCGCCAUGACCCACCCCAACCUGGUCCCUCUCUGGGCUUACUACUUCAGCAAGGACGAGAAGCUCCUCGUCUACGACUACAUGCCCAUGGGCAGCCUCUCCUCUCUCCUCCACGGUGAGUAGAUCUUCUUCUUCUUCUUCUGCUUCUUCUUCCCGACCUCCUCCCACCUCUGAUGCAUCGUGUUCAUCUUUUCUCUGCGCAGGAAGCAGAGGAUCGGGGAGGUCGCCGCUGCACUGGGAGACGAGGGUGAGCAUCGCCCUCGCCGCCGCCAGGGGGAUCGAGUACAUCCACUCCACGGGCCCGAGCUCCUCCCAUGGGAACAUCAAGUCCUCCAACAUCCUCCUGGACAAGCCGCAGAACGCCCGCGUCUCCGACCACGGCCUCUCCCACCUCGCCGGUCCAGCGAGCUUGCCCAACCGACUCGCCGGCUACCGCGCUCCCGAGGUCACCGACGCCCGCAAGGUUUCGCAGAAAGCGGACGUGUACAGCUUCGGCGUGCUACUGCUGGAGCUGCUCACCGGGAAGGCGCCGGCGCAGGCGCUGCUCAACGAGGAGGGGGUUGACCUGCCGCGGUGGGUUCAGUCGGUGGUCAGGGAGGAGUGGACCUCCGAGGUCUUCGACUCCGAGCUUCUCAGAUACCAGAACGUGGAGGAGGAAAUGAUGCAGCUCCUCCAGCUCGCCGUUGACUGUACUGUACAGUAUCCGGACAAGCGCCCUUCCAUGGCGGAGGUCGUCGCCAGGAUUGAGGACAUCCACCGGUCGAGCGUGGACAAGGGGGAGUCAGGUCUGCAGCCGGAAGCUCUGGCCGACGGCGGUGGCGGCGCCGCCGCAGCAGCACCUUGA